AUGGCGGGUUUGCUGACACUCCUCAGCUUGAGCGUGGUUAUGGCCGCAGCAUCUUUCCUCGCCGGCAUCCUACCACUAUCGCUGACUCUGUCGCAAGCCCAGCUACGUCUGAUAUCGACGGUCGGAAUGGGAGUGCUCGUGGGAACCUCACUCAUCGUCAUCAUACCAGAAGGAGUUGAAACUCUCUACAGCGCUUCGAGUACCUCCCACGCGCACAAGAGGGACCUCGGACAUUACAGCAACCUAGAUGUACGAUGGUCGGGACUGUCGCCGUCAGGAGGCAUUGCACAAGUUGCUGCGCGCAGCCCAGUAGAUCCUCCUCCUGCGGAGGCUUUCGAUCUCCCCGGACCAGUUAUCCCCGCGGGCGGAUCUCUCGACCCUCCCAAAACACCUACCGAACCAGGCAUCGUUGGCGCGCUCGCCGAAGAUGGAAAUAAAGAUGAGCAUAAGGACGAGAAUGAGAAUGAGGAGGACCACUCGCCUCAUGCAUGGAUCGGCAUCGCUUUGGUCUCGGGGUUCCUACUCAUGUACCUCAUCGACAAGGUACCGCAGUACACGAAGCCUUCGCAGAACAAACCACAAACUCACCACAUUGCUUUAAACAAUCUGGGACGGCGGUUCAACUUGACCACUUCACUCGACCGGGACGAUGAAUCUGACACUUUUCUGGAUUCGAACGAGGCUGUUGCGACGCAUAGGCGCGGCUUCGCAACGACGAUCGGUCUAGUCAUUCAUGCUGCUGCAGAUGGUAUUGCGCUCGGCGCGUCGUCAACAACUGCUCACCGAGACCUGAGCUUGAUUAUUUUCUUCGCGAUUAUGGUCCACAAGGCGCCGGCCGCCUUCGGUCUGACCUCGAUCCUUCUGAAACAGGGCCUGUCGAAGCGAUCAGCUCGCGGCCAUCUGGUUUUGUUUAGUCUGGCCGCCCCAGCCGGUGCGUUGGCGACGUAUAUUCUUGCCAACAUCUUGGGAGGUUUGCGGGGCGGAACGGUGGAGGGGACAACGUUCUGGACUGGAAUGCUACUCCUUUUCUCGGGCGGAACGUUCCUUUAUGUGGCAAUGCAUGCCAUGCAGGAAACAUCUAAAGGACAUCACGAAUCUCAUUCCAACGGCAGCGCCAACGGCUAUGUUGAUGGGAGAGACGUCCAACAAGCAGUGGAGAAGCCGUCGUUGCGGGACUUAGGAGCAGCAGUUUUUGGCAUGAUACUGCCUUUAUUCCUUCAGAUUGGUCAUGCUCAUUAA